AGCUCACUGCUGCUUAGAAUUCUUGCUACAGUCAGGAGAAAGCCGAAAGCUGCAUGGUACUGACUCUUCCACGGCGGAAUUAGAAGAAUAAUGACUGUACAAUUAACUACCAACCUCUGCUCAUUUAAGCACAGUUUUUACAGAGACCAGGAGAAAUAUGGAACUUGAUUGGCAUGUUUUUAUUUGAUGGUGACUGCAAAUAGAGGACUUUAAAGACAGGUGGUAAGGAAAAAUAAGAGAAGGGGAAAAAAAAGAAAAUGCAAUUUGAGACAUUGCGCCAGGUCUGCAAUUCUGUUUUAUCUCAUUUCCAUGGGGUUUUUUCCUCCCCACCAAAUAUUUUACAAAACGAGCUUUUUGGACAAACGCUGACCAAUGCACGGAAAAGAAGCCCGUCAGCGCCCAGAGAACACGAUAGAAGAUACGACCAAAGGGACGACAGAGAGGAAUAUCCGCAGUAUGCUCCUUCCGAUAGCGCAAUGCCCAGGUCUCCAUCAGAUUAUGCUGACAGGCGAUCGCAGCCCGAGUCUCCGUUUUACGAAGCAUCCGAUCAUGUGAGUUACAGGGACUCCAACAGGAGAGGGCCCAGGCGUUCCCAAGAGUACCUGGUGGACGCAGAGGAGGACACGGAGAGCAGGGAUGACUACGAGAGACAGCGGAGAGAGGAGGAGUACCAGGCGCGCUACCGGAGUGACCCGAACCUGGCCCGUUACCCGGUGAAGCCACAGCUGUAUGAAGAACAGAUGCGAAUGCACGCCGAGGUGUCGCGGGCUCGGCACGAGAGGAGGCACAGCGACGUCUCUCUGGCCAAUGCGGAAUUGGAAGAUUCCCGGCUUUCCAUGCUGAGGAUGGAACGGCCCUCCCGGCAAAGGUCGGUCUCUGAACGGAGGGCUGCUCUGGAAAACCAACGAUCUUACUCGAUGGAAAGGACUCGAGAGGCUCAGGGACCAGGCUCUUACCCGCCACGGACCACAAACCACAGCCCGCCCACGCCCCGCAGGAGCCCGCUGCCCGUGGACCGGCCGGACCUGCGGCGCGCCGACUCCCUGCGGAAGCAGCACCACCUGGACCCCAGCUCGGCGGUCCGGAAAACCAAGCGGGAGAAGAUGGAAACCAUGCUAAGGAAUGAUUCUCUGAGCUCAGACCAGUCCGAGUCGGUCAGGCCUCCGCCCCCCAAGCCUCAUAAGUCCAAGAAAGGAGGGAAGAUGCGCCAGGUGUCCCUGAGCAGCUCCGAGGAGGAGUUGGCCUCCACGCCCGAGUACACCAGCUGCGACGACGUGGAGAUCGAAAGUGAGAGUGUAAGUGAGAAAGGGGACAGUCAAAAGGGAAAAAGAAAAACUAGUGAGCAGGCAGUUUUGUCGGACUCUUACACCAGGUCUGAGCGACAAAAGAAAAGGAUGUACUUUGGAGGCCACUCUUUGGAAGCGGAUUUGGAAUGGUCCGAGCCUCAGAUUAAGGACUCGGGGGUAGAUACCUGUAGUAGCACAACCCUAAACGAGGAUCAUAGCCGUAGUGAGAAGCAUCCUGUGACCUGGCAGCCAUCUAAAGAUGGGGAUCGUUUAAUUGGUCGCAUUUUAUUAAGUAAACGCCUAAAAGAUGGAAGUGUACCUCGAGAUUCAGGAGCAAUGCUCGGCUUAAAGGUUGUAGGAGGAAAGAUGACAGAAUCAGGUCGGCUUUGCGCAUUUAUUACCAAAGUCAAAAAAGGAAGUUUAGCUGAUACUGUAGGACAUCUUAGACCAGGUGAUGAAGUGUUAGAGUGGAAUGGAAGGCUGUUGCAAGGAGCCACCUUUGAAGAAGUGUACAACAUCAUUCUGGAAUCCAAACCUGAACCGCAAGUGGAGCUUGUUGUAUCAAGGCCUAUUGGAGAUAUACCUAGAAUACCUGAUAGCACACAUGCACAACUGGAAUCCAGUUCUAGCUCAUUUGAAUCUCAAAAAAUGGAUCGUCCUUCCAUUUCCGUUACCUCUCCCAUGAGUCCUGGCAUGUUGAGAGAUGUUCCACAGUUCUUAUCCGGACAACUUUCAAGCCAAAGCCUUAGUAGAAGAACAACGCCUUUUGUUCCUAGGGUUCAGAUAAAACUGUGGUUUGACAAGGUUGGUCACCAAUUAAUAGUUACAAUUUUGGGAGCAAAGGAUCUCCCCUCCAGGGAAGAUGGGAGGCCGAGGAAUCCUUAUGUUAAAAUUUACUUUCUACCAGACAGAAGUGAUAAAAACAAGAGAAGAACUAAAACAGUAAAGAAAGCACUGGAGCCCAAAUGGAACCAAACCUUCAUUUAUUCUCCUGUCCACCGAAGGGAGUUUCGAGAACGAAUGCUAGAGAUUACCCUCUGGGAUCAGGCUCGAGUUCGAGAGGAAGAAAGUGAAUUUUUAGGAGAGAUUUUAAUUGAAUUAGAAACAGCAUUAUUAGAUGAUGAGCCGCAUUGGUACAAACUUCAGACCCAUGAUGUCUCUUCGUUGCCACUCCCCCACCCUUCUCCGUAUAUGCCACGACGACAACUUCAUGGGGAGAGCCCCACCCGAAGGCUGCAGCAUAAAGGCUUAUGUUCAUAUAAUCCAGGAUCAAAGAGAAUAAGUGACAGUGAAGUUUCUGAUUAUGACUGUGAUGAUGGAAUUGGUGUAGUAUCAGAUUAUAGACACAAUGAUCGAGAUCUUCAGAGCUCCACAUUGUCAGUGCCAGAACAAGUAAUGUCAUCAAACCAUUGUUCACCUUCAGGGUCUCCCCAUCGAGUAGAUGCCAUAGGAAGGACUAGAUCAUGGUCUCCCAGUGUCCUUCCUCCACAAAGGAAUGUGGAACAACGGCUUCGAGGGACAGUCUCCUCUACUGGACAUUAUAAUACAAUUAGUCGAAUGGAUAGACAUCGUGUCGUGGAUGAUCAUUAUUCUCCAGAUAGGGACAGUCAUUUUCUUACUCUACCUCGCUCCAGAUACGGGCAGACCAUUGAGCAUCAUCCCAGGGAUGGCAGGGAUUGUGAAGCAGCAGCUAGACAGCCAUAUCACAGAUCCAGACCAACAGAACAACGGCCUCUGCUUGAGCGGACCGCCACCCGCUCCAGAUCCACUGAGCGUCCUGAUACAAACCUCAGGAGGUCGAUGCCUUCAUUAAUGACGGGAAGAUCUGCCCCUCCUUCACCUGCCUUAUCGAGGUCUCAUCCCCGUACUGGGUCUGUCCACACAAGCCCAUCAAGUACUCCCGUGGCAGGACGCAGGGGCCGACAGCUUCCCCAGCUUCCACCAAAGGGAACGUCGGAGAGAAACAAUGGAGUGAAGGAGAUAGAAUCUUAUGAAGGUGCUAUGGAUAUAGAGGAGAGAAAUCGCCAAAUGAAAAUUAACAAAUACAAACAGGUAGCCGGAUCAGAUCCCAGACUGGAACAAGAUUACCAUUCGAAGUAUCGAUCAGGAUGGGAUCCUCAUAGAGGGGCAGAUAAUAUUUCCACUAAAUCUUCGGACAGUGAUGUAAGUGAUAUAUCUGCGGUUUCCAGGACUAGUAGUGCUUCUCGUUUCAGCAGCACAAGCUACAUGUCUGUCCAAUCAGAGCGGCCCAGAGGAAACAAGAAAAUCAGUGUCUUUACAUCCAAAAUGCAAAGCAGACAGAUGGGCCUCUCCGGGAAGAACAUGACGAAAAGCACCAGCAUCAGUGGGGACAUGUGCUCGCUGGACAAGAAGGACGGCAGCCAAUCGGACACGGCGGUGGGUGCCUUGGGCACCAGCAGCAAGAAGCGUCGAUCCAGCCUUGGGGCCAAAAUGGUAGCUAUUGUUGGUCUCUCAAGGAAAAGUCGCAGCGCUUCUCAGCUCAGCCAAACGGAGGCCGGAGGUAAAAAGCUUCGCAGCACAGUGCAGCGGAGCACGGAGACGGGGCUGGCGGUGGAAAUGAGGAACUGGAUGACUCGUCAGGCCAGCCGAGAGUCCACCGACGGCAGCAUGAACAGCUACAGCUCCGAAGGAAAUCUGAUUUUCCCUGGUGUCCGCUUGGCGUCCGAUAGCCAAUUCAGUGAUUUUUUGGAUGGCCUUGGUCCUGCCCAGCUCGUCGGGCGCCAGACGUUGGCCACACCUGCAAUGGGUGACAUUCAGGUCGGAAUGAUGGACAAAAAAGGACAGUUGGAGGUGGAGAUCAUUCGGGCCCGUGGCCUUGUUGUCAAACCAGGUUCCAAGACACUGCCAGCACCCUAUGUCAAGGUGUAUCUGUUAGACAACGGAGUCUGCAUAGCCAAAAAGAAAACAAAAGUGGCAAGAAAAACGCUGGAGCCCCUGUACCAGCAGCUCUUAUCAUUUGAAGAGAGCCCGCAAGGAAAAGUUUUACAGAUCAUUGUCUGGGGUGACUAUGGCCGCAUGGAUCACAAAUCCUUCAUGGGAGUGGCCCAGAUACUUUUAGAUGAACUGGAGCUCUCCAAUAUGGUUAUUGGAUGGUUCAAACUCUUCCCCCCUUCAUCCCUAGUAGAUCCGACCUUGGCCCCUCUGACAAGAAGAGCUUCCCAAUCAUCCCUGGAAAGUUCCACCGGACCUUCUUACUCUCGUUCAUAGCAACUGUCAAACUGUUGUCAUAGCAACCAGCGUUACAAAAAACAACCACCACAACACAACAAACCACAGGCCGCAAACCCUGGUACCACUGCAUGCUUUGUGUUGUGUCUUCUGAGCCUGUUUCUAGGGAUACCAAGUGAUCCUGCGUUCUCAGAGGAGUUGCACACAUUGUGCUCUACCGAAGGCCCUCAGGUGGCAGAGCAGAGCGUGGGAGAACUAUCAGGUGUGAAAUCCAACGACACUCGAGUUUUCCGUCCAAUCUGAAGCCAUGGAUUAGAACCUAAGAAUCGGUCCGUUUCAUGCGACAGUUGCCCUUUUCGAUGGCACCUCUAUAUUUUUAUCGUUCCUCUUUCUUCAUUUCUCUGACCCCCGAAGCCCUGUUAUGCCACAGAAUUGGGGCUAGCCGUCUAUGAAGCCACGGGACAGGGUCCAGGAGAGAGGUUCCAGGACGUGUGGGGUGGAGAGCAGGGGACCCAAGAAGUGGUCGGAAUGAGUCCUCACCGCCUCUGGACAGUGACCAGGAACGAACGGUCCAGCGACUCCAGGCCCGUCGUCCACCAAUGCCAAGAUGGGCGGAACUCUGAAGAAACGAGCUCUGUGGCUACACUCUACCGAAUGAAAUUACAGAGACCUUUUUUUUUUUUUCCUGCAUGGACACAGAUUAGCUGAAUACUUAAAAUUAUUUUCUUGGGGCUGCAACUUGCA